AUGGUGUGGGAGGUGCAUGACGGUGAAUACAAGAAGGACGAACUCCUGGAAGCUGCUAGGAGCGGUAAUGAAGAAAAACUGAUGGCUUUAUUGACUCCUUUAAAUGUGAACUGCCAUGCAAGUGAUGGGCGUAAGUCCACUCCUUUACAUCUAGCAGCAGGCUACAACAGAGUUCGAAUAGUCCAGCUUUUGCUUCAGCAUGGUGCAGAUGUUCACGCAAAGGACAAAGGUGGUCUUGUGCCUCUUCAUAAUGCAUGUUCAUAUGGACACUAUGAGGUUACAGAGCUGCUGCUUAAGCAUGGUGCCUGUGUGAAUGCUAUGGACCUCUGGCAAUUUACCCCCUUGCACGAGGCUGCUUCCAAGAACCGCGUAGAGGUCUGCUCCCUCCUGCUGAGUCACGGUGCAGAUCCCACAUUAGUCAACUGCCACGGCAAGAGCGCGGUCGAUAUGGCUCCAACGCCUGAGCUAAGGGAGAGGCUGACCUAUGAAUUCAAAGGACACUCUUUACUGCAAGCAGCCAGAGAGGCAGACCUAGCCAAAGUGAAAAAGACACUUGCUUUGGAGAUCAUUAAUUUUAAGCAACCACAGUCGCAUGAGACUGCACUGCACUGUGCUGUGGCCGCUGUGCAUCCCAAGCGGAAGCAAGUUACAGAACUAUUGCUCAGGAAAGGAGCAAAUGUUAAUGAGAAAAACAAAGAUUUCAUGACGCCUUUACAUGUUGCAGCUGAAAAAGCUCAUAAUGAUGUCAUGGAAGUUCUGCAUAAGCAUGGAGCAAAGAUGAAUGCACUGGACACACUUGGUCAAACAGCGUUGCACAGGGCUGCGUUAGCAGGUCACUUGCAAACUUGCCGGCUCUUGCUGAACUACGGCUCUGAUCCCUCCAUCAUCUCUUUACAAGGCUUCACAGCAGCACAGAUGGGAAAUGAAGCAGUGCAACAGAUUCUAAGUGAAAGUACACCUGUGCGUACAUCUGAUGUGGAUUAUCGGUUGUUAGAAGCAUCCAAAGCUGGAGACUUGGAAACUGUGAAGCAACUUUGCAGCCCUCAGAAUGUGAAUUGUAGAGAUUUGGAAGGCCGUCAUUCAACGCCAUUGCACUUUGCUGCAGGAUAUAACCGCGUAUCAGUGGUGGAGUAUCUGUUGCACCAUGGGGCAGAUGUGCAUGCCAAAGACAAAGGUGGCUUAGUACCCCUGCACAAUGCCUGUUCUUAUGGACACUACGAAGUGGCUGAACUCUUAGUGAGGCACGGUGCUUCUGUCAACGUGGCAGACCUGUGGAAAUUCACUCCUCUACAUGAAGCAGCAGCAAAAGGAAAAUAUGAAAUCUGCAAGCUGCUUUUAAAACAUGGAGCUGAUCCAACAAAAAAGAAUCGAGAUGGGAACACUCCUCUAGAUUUGGUGAAAGAAGGAGACACAGAUAUUCAGGACUUACUGCGUGGAGAUGCUGCCUUGCUAGAUGCUGCCAAGAAGGGGUGCCUGGCACGAGUGCAGAAGCUAUGUACUCAAGAAAAUAUCAAUUGCAGAGACACCCAGGGAAGAAAUUCAACACCACUACAUCUUGCAGCUGGUUACAACAAUUUGGAAGUAGCUGAAUACCUUCUUGAGCAUGGUGCUGAUGUUAAUGCCCAGGACAAAGGAGGAUUAAUCCCCCUACACAAUGCAGCAUCCUAUGGGCACGUGGAUAUAGCAGCCCUGUUGAUCAAAUACAAUACAUGCGUAAAUGCAACAGAUAAAUGGGCAUUCACACCAUUGCAUGAAGCUGCACAAAAAGGAAGGACGCAGCUCUGUGCUCUGCUGUUAGCUCAUGGAGCAGAUCCAACCAUGAAGAAUCAAGAGGGUCAGACGCCACUAGACCUGGCAACAGCUGAUGAUAUCCGAGCUUUGCUGAUAGACGCGAUGCCUCCAGAAGCUUUGCCUACAUGCUUUAAGCCUCAAGCCACUGUUGUUAGUGCCUCCCUGAUCUCACCAGCGUCUACACCGUCCUGCCUCUCUGCCGCCAGCAGUAUAGAUAACCUCACUGGGCCACUGGCAGAACUAGCCGUAGGAGGGGCAUCGAAUGCUGGUGAUGGAGCAGCAGGGACUGAAAGGAAGGAAGGAGAAGUUUCUGGUCUUGACAUGAACAUUACACAGUUCCUAAAAAGCCUGGGUCUUGAACACCUUCGGGACAUCUUUGAGACAGAACAGAUAACCUUGGAUGUGUUGGCAGACAUGGGGCAUGAGGAGCUUAAAGAAAUUGGGAUCAAUGCAUAUGGACACCGCCACAAAUUAAUAAAAGGUGUGGAGAGACUUCUAGGAGGGCAGCAAGGCACCAAUCCUUAUUUGACUUUCCACUGUGUGAGUCAGGGGACCAUUCUCCUUGACCUUGCUCCUGAUGAUAAGGAGUAUCAGUCCGUGGAAGAGGAGAUGCAAAGUACAAUCCGGGAACAUCGGGAUGGUGGAAACGCUGGUGGGAUCUUCAACAGGUACAAUGUCAUCAGGAUUCAAAAGGUCGUGAACAAGAAGUUGCGGGAGAGAUUCUGUCACAGGCAGAAGGAGGUCUCAGAGGAGAAUCAUAAUCAUCACAAUGAACGCAUGUUGUUUCAUGGGUCACCUUUUAUUAAUGCUAUAAUUCACAAAGGAUUUGAUGAAAGGCACGCAUACAUUGGAGGAAUGUUUGGAGCUGGAAUUUACUUUGCCGAGAACUCCUCAAAAAGCAACCAGUAUGUGUAUGGGAUAGGGGGAGGAACAGGCUGUCCCACACACAAAGACAGGUCCUGUUACAUCUGCCACAGACAAAUGCUCUUCUGUAGAGUGACCCUUGGAAAAUCCUUUCUUCAGUUCAGCACAAUGAAAAUGGCUCAUGCCCCUCCAGGGCACCAUUCUGUUAUUGGCAGGCCAAGCGUGAAUGGGCUUGCAUACGCUGAAUAUGUUAUCUAUAGAGGAGAACAGGCGUACCCGGAAUAUCUCAUUACAUACCAGAUUGUGAAACCAGAAGCUCCCUCACAGACAGCAACAGCAGCAGAGCAAAAGACCUAGUAGCUACAGAGCAGUGAAGAAGGAUGUGACUUCAAUCUUGGACUGGAUGGAUACGUGUUUCAGAAAAUCAGUAUCAUAUAAAAUCCUUAACAACCUGGAAAUAAGCUGUAUGUCUUUUAUAAAGCAUUGCUGUCCUGAUGAAUAUGAUAUGAGUAACUCUUGCAUACUCAACUGCUACUGUUCCUUUUGAGGAAAGUUUACAAGGGACUGCCUUUUAAUAACAUAUCUCAGGCUCCUAGUCUCUGCAGUUACCACGUGUAAAAUAAUGUUGUUUUGAUCUAGACUUUGGGAACAUUGUUCAAAUGGAAAUCUUUAUCAAUGGCAUCUCACA